GAAUUUAACCCUAGAGUUGAAUUGCGGACAAAAGCCCUUUUGGAAGCUGCUCAGAUCCUCAUAUUGGAAAACUAACGCCCACCGAGAAAGCAACAAACCAUAACACAUACUCUGAAAAUAACGUAAGGAAAAUACACUCCAAACUCUGACACAAACCCAUCACCACCAGCCACCGCAACAAUGUCCAUCGCCACCUGCCUUUUGACCGUAACCCCGUCCCCCUCCUUCUCUCCUCACCCUCAAACCACCCCAAAACUCUCCACCGCUUUCCCUCUCCACCUCCACCUCCGCCUUUCCUCUGCCUCCUACACCACCAGUCUCCGCCACCGCCAACCCCCCUUUUUAGCCUACUCCACCCUUCCCGGAGGCGAUGGUGGCGACAUUAACAACAACAACAACAACAACAACUCAGGUGGUGGCGGUGGAAACAAUGACAAUGGAAGAGGCAAGGGUGGUGAUGAAAAUGCGGGUGAUAAGAACAGGGAAGAGGCGAUGGUUUUGCUGGCAGAGGCUGGGAGGUCAGUGGAGAGUUUACCGAAGGACUUGGCGGUGGCGAUCCAAGCUGGGAGGAUUCCUGGGUCGGUUAUUGAGAGGUUCUUGGGGCUUGAAAAAUCGGGGCUUAUGCGGUGGUUGAUGCAGUUUGGUGGGUUUAAAGAAAGGCUUUUGGCUGAUGAUCUUUUCUUAGCUAAAGUUGCCAUGGAGUGUGGGGUUGGGAUCUUCACAAAGACAGCUGCAGAAUAUGAACGUCGCAGGGAAAACUUUUUCAAGGAGCUCGAAAUUGUUUUCGCUGAUGUGGUAAUGGCAAUAAUUGCAGAUUUCAUGCUUGUUUAUCUUCCUGCUCCUACUGUCUCUCUCCGGCCUCCUCUUGCAGUCAGUGCUGGAGCUAUUUCCAAGUUCUUCUACAGCUGCCCUGAUAAUGCUUUCCAGGUUGCUCUUCAUGGGACUUCAUAUUCACUUUUGCAGAGAUUAGGUGCUGUAAUGCGUAAUGGAGCAAAACUUUUUGCAGUAGGCACCACUUCUUCACUGGUCGGCACAGCUGUCACGAAUGCAUUGAUUAAUGCAAGAAAGGCUGUUGAUAAGUCUUCUGCAGCUGAAGUUGAAAAUGUUCCCAUACUAUCCACCAGUGUUGCCUAUGGUGUAUAUAUGGCAGUUUCUAGCAACCUCAGGUACCAAGUGCUGGCUGGUGUAAUAGAACAGCGGAUUUUGGAGCCUUUGCUACACCAGCACAAGCUUAUGUUGAGUGCAAUUUGCUUUGCUGUUCGAACAGGCAACACAUACUUGGGUUCCCUAUUGUGGGUGGACUAUGCUCGACUGGUAGGUAUUCAGAAGGCUCAUGAAGAGAACACUGCAUUGGAGUGAUUUAUGUUGAUUAAAUUUUCCAACGUUGGAACAGCUAGUGGUGUUGCCCAUCACAGUUGCAUGAAAGUAGGUUUGCUCGUCCCAAUAUUUGAGUGAUGGGAAGCUUGGCUCCCAUGCUUGGUUUUUGGUUGACUACAACUGCAUUGUCUAGAUCAUGGCUGAGCUGACAGUUGAAUAGUUUGAGUUUUCUUCAGCUUUCAGUUUCUUGUUUAUGCGUCGGCCCCUGAUUAGGGUGGCCUAACCAUUGGGGGAAAGAGAAUUCUCUUCUCAAAUGCCUGUGGUAGGGACCUUUACUAUAAAAGAAAGUUUUGUCUGGAGAUUCUUUCUCAUAUAUGUAUUGAUAUAAAGUCAAUUUUCUGUUAA